AUGCUAAAUCACGGAGCAUCACAUUUGACAACAUGGCGGCAAGACAUCAUCCUUGCGCUCCCAAUCAAAACCGCUGAGGCUGCCCGUGAAUUCGCGCCUGCCACCACCACCACCACCGCCGCCGCCGCCGCCGCCACGCAAAGGUCAGCCCGUCCCAGUGGCGUGCUGAUUAAGGCGCCACCACGACAAACUGCAUGUGAAAACGGAACGUGGCCAAGCCAUGUUAGGCUAGAAUAA